GUCCGGCCUUCAACACAUAUAUGUGAGCGACGCCAGCUUUGUCCCAUUUCUGUAGUCUGUAUUUCACUGUACAGGCACAAUUUCUCUUUCUGUCUGUCACUCGCUCUAAAUACAAACCUACAAUUGUCAAUCAAUAGUAUUGAUCUCCUCGAUUUCCUCCCCUGCAACCAAAUAUUUUUUCUUUCCUUUUUACUAUCUUUUUCCUUCAUUUUCAUCUUCAUCCCCUUCUUCUAGUUUUUGACCUAAAAAAACCUCUCUCAGGUCUCAUCUCAGGGUUCUUCUGAGGUUUAAUCAAGGGUUUGUGUUGGAGAUUUAGCAAUCGGUGGUGCAUUACUGUAGUUUUUACUUCUGUGGUUGAGUUUUUUAAGGGUUUUGGACUAGGAUGUUGGUUGUGUAAUGCGAGAUAGUCUACUCAAAUUUUUUGAUUAACAAUGACGGCUAAUGCGAGAGCCCUCAUGGCCUUUAACGCAAUGAAGGCCAUAGGUAUUUCUGGGGAAAUAGUAAAGCCAGUUUUGAAGAAUUUAUUGAAAGUGUAUGACAAAAACUGGCAACUUAUAGAGGAUGAAAACUACAGAGUUCUCGCAGAUGCUAUAUUUGAGUAUGAAGAAAAUAAGGGUAAUGAGAAGCAGAAGGUUGAAGCUGACUCGCAUGACGAAUCUGGACCUCGGUUGAAAAGAUUACGAAAGAAAUACCAAGAAGAUGAACCUCCCCCUUCUGGUGAAACAUCACUGAGAAGGCAAAAAGGUCCAACUCACGAUCAGCUACAGAAUGGGCUCGGAGAGGAAGGGAUGGAACCAUCUAAUCUUGGAGAAGGAGUGUCUGGACUUGACGCUGUUCCGCUGAAUAUACAUAUUCCAAGAAGAAAUGAAGAGCAUUCACUGCCUCAUGAUUCUUCCAUAGAUGAAAGUGAAGAGGCACCACAGCUUCAUCUGAGGAGAAAAAGAAGUGAACCUGAGCCUACUUCAUCUCAUAUCCCUUUCAAGGACAAGGGAAAGGAGCCUCUUGUUUUACCUCCAAGUUGUACUAGGAUUGAAAGAGUAGUGCCAACUCCGUUACGUAUUAGAGAUGAUACAGCUGAACCCAUGUCUAUCUCACCUUUGGCAGACCAAAGAAACAAAACAAAUGGGCAUUUAUCUUCUCAUCCUAGAGAGAACAAAGUUGUUACUGGUGGAGCGCCUACCGUAGUCUGUACUGACGAGGCAAAGACUAAACCUGGGGCUGACCAAUUCCCUAAAGAAACUUUAGCUAAUGCUGAUCAAUCUAAUAGGCUGAUUAAUCCCAAAAGUGAACCAAGCAGUGAUGAUUUUCUACCGCUCGAGCUUCCGGUUGCUGUGAUCCAUCCUCCUAGCCCAGACUGCAGAAGAGCCGAAGAUAAUGACCGAAAUGUUUCUAAUGGGCAUCAUAGUGUGGAUACCUCGUCUUCUCGGGAUGCAGAUGCUGAAGAUGAAAGUCUAAGUGGUCCAGGCACAGCAUGUAAUAAUGGGGAGGUUCUAGAGCUUGCUAAUGUGACAGAGGCAACUCCUGCGAAUGUUGACAUUGUUUCAUCAAACUCAGGAGAGGUGAAAAUUUCUCUUAGCUGCAACUAUCCCCAGAGACAACCCAACUUUCACCUGCCGAGUCUGGAUGUGGUUCUGAAAAUGGUGGAGGAUAAAUGUCUGAAAUCGUACAAAAUUACUGAACCCAAUUUUUCUUUGAUGAAUGUGAUGAAAGAAAUGUGCCAAUGCUUUUCAGAUCUUGCUAAUGAUUCACCUGAUGAUAAUCAAGCAAACUCGAUACAUAUAAAGCCAAACCUCGAUUUGCAAAAGAAAUCUAAUAUGAAUAAUUCCUUGGGUGCCACAUUUGAAAACCAAGACUCUUUUCAAGCACCAGCAAGUUCUUUGCACAGAUCACUCAGUUUUCAUUCUUCUGUUCAGGUAAAUGAACCACAGGCCCCGAGUGCGCUUGCUCUGGAUGGCAUGGAUGCUUCUCCUGGCACUACUGUACAACUCACUGAAGAAGUUUUUGCUAGGCCUAGUGGCGAAACAGAAAAGACAGUGAAACCAACAGAUCCAGAGUUUCCAAACGAAGGGGAUAUGAGAAUGGAGCAGACAGAUCCAGGUUCUUCAAGUCCAUUGGGUUUCGUAGGUGUUCAAAUUGAAAUGUCUAUCCCUGAUGAUAUAAUUUCUGAGGAUGAUACCCCAGGUCUUUUAAGGCCACUCCAUGAUGUCAAUGACAUUGCUAAAGGCGAAGAAAAUUUCCGAAUCUCCGCAGUCAAUGAAGUCAGCAGUGAGCCUUAUCCACCAUUGUUUUUCUACAUUCCACAAAACAUAAUUUUUAGAAGUGCGCAUGUGAAGUGUACACUUUCCAGAAUUGCGGAUGAGGAUUGUUGUUUAAGCUGUUUUGGUGAUUGUAUGUCAUCGUCUGUUCCUUGUGCAUGUGCACGUGUAACUGGGGGUGAUUUUGCUUACACACUAGAAGGUUUUCUUAAAGAAAAUUUUCUAAAUGAAUGCAUUUCGAUGAAUCGGUAUCCUCAAAACCACCUCUUUUACUGUGAAAGUUGCCCCUUGGAAAGGUGUAAGAAUGGGGAUUUGUCUGACCCAUGCAAAGGCCACUUAGAGAGAAAGUUUAUCAAAGAAUGCUGGAGCAAAUGUGGUUGCAACAAGCAAUGUGGAAAUCGAGUGGUACAGCGCGGAAUAUCAUGGAAUUUACAGGUAUUUUUGACAGUGGAGGGAAAAGGAUGGGGCCUGAGAACACUUGAUGAUUUGCCUAGAGGAACUUUUGUUUGUGAAUAUGUUGGGGAAAUAUUAACUAGUAAGGAGCUCAAUGAAAGAAACACGCAAAUUGUUGAUGGCGAUAAACAGACAUGCCCUGUGCUGCUUGAUGCUGCUUGGGGUUCGGAUGGUGUCGUGAAGGAUAAAGAAGCACUCUGCUUAGAUGCUACAUUUUAUGGCAAUGUUGCUAGAUUUAUUAAUCACAGAUGCUUCGAUGCAAAUUUGAUUGAAAUCCCAGUUGAAGUGGAGAGUCCGAAUCAUCGAUAUUAUCAUGUGGCUUUGUUCACUACAAGAGACGUAGAAGCUUUGGAAGAGCUAACAUGGGACUAUGGGAUUGACUUUGCUAACAGUAAUCAUCCAGUUAAGGGGUUCCGAUGUCGCUGUGGAAGCAAAUCCUGCCGAGACAUGAAGCGGUCACAAAAAGCUAAACUGAAUCCUUUAGUCUUGAGGUGAGGGGCAAAAGGAGAGGACUAGCUGGGGGUUCUGCGGAAGGCUGUUUUUGUUGGUUAUUCUGCAAAUAAAAACCAGUGACUAGAACCUUAGGCUGCUUGCAUCUGAAAAAACGUAGCCAUCAAGCUUUUUAUCUUCUUUUAUUUGUGUAUAUACAUAUUUCGGGGGUUAAUUUAGGUCUAUUUUUGAAAAAAACGAAAGACCUAGUGGCGGUUUAAUAGACGGUUUAUUGGCUUUGUAGUUUGUACCAAGUCAAGCUCUUAUUUAGGAAAUACCAUGUUAAUAGGUUACCCGCUUUACAAUUAGUUAGCUCUCCUCUCAAUGGUUGUAUGUUUUCAGUCUAAAAUUUAUUUUUCUUC